GGGACUCUCAAACUACCACAUCUGUAGCUGUGUGAGAGAGGAAUCAACAUAUCACAAGGACAAGUUUGGGGGAGAUGCAAAGAACUAGAUAAAACGUUGAGUACUGCGGACAAAGAUAAACAAGUAGGUCGAUUAUAGUUAGAGUGGAAAUUGAGCGUUAAAACGUUGGGAUGCCAAAUCAUUGAUGCAACCCGUCGCACCCCUUUCUUUAAUUAAGUUAAUCUUUUGAAGCAAGCUACGUUGAAUAUGUAUAUUUUCGACAUAGGAUGCAAGUGAUAAUAAUAUUUUUGACACCUUAUUUUGCAUUUGGAAGCAUUUUUCCUAUAUGUGUAGUCUAGUCGGCUCUUGAAAUUUGUUGACAAAUACCUACUUGAAGAAUCAGGCAAAAGUCAUAGAGGGCAAAACGGGCUUUUUGGACGGGUGUCGUGGAAAUGGCACUCUGGAUAGAGGCGUUUGCCCAACUGCUGUUUCUUGUGUUGGCAUGGGACUCGAGCGCACAAGGAGCGGCACCACAAGAUAUAAAACACGAGGUGUGGUUGCAGCAAUAUGGCUACCUGCCGCCAGGUGACCUGCGGACACAUGCUGCCCGCUCCCCUUACUCCAUCACCACGGCCAUCACAGCCAUGCAGAGAUUCUACGGCCUGACCAUCACCGGCUCUAUCGACAAUAACACUUUAGAGGCGAUGAAGCGGCCGCGCUGUGGAGUUCCAGACAAGUUUGGCACUGUGCUGAAGAGCAACCUAAGAAAGAAGCGCUAUGCUAUCCAGGGCCUGAAAUGGGACAAGACCGAUCUCACCUAUUGUAUACAGAACUACACCCCUAAGGUGGGGGAAUAUGAGACCAAUGAGGCUAUUAGGAAGGCCUUCAAGGUGUGGGAGAAUGUGACCCCUCUACGCUUCAGGGAGAUCCCCUACAGUCACAUACGGGACAGGGUGGUGGACAUGGCAGACAUCAUGCUCUUCUUCGGUGAGGGUUUCCAUGGUGAUGCCAGUCCCUUCGAUGGCGAGGGGGGCUUCUUGGCACACGCCUACUUCCCCGGUAACGGCAUAGGGGGAGACACUCACUUUGACUCUGCAGAGCCCUGGACGGUCGGCAACAGUGAUCUGUCAGGCAAUGAUGUGUUCCUGGUGUCGGUACAUGAGCUGGGUCAUGCUCUUGGCCUGGAGCACUCCAACGACCCCUCUGCCAUCAUGGCUCCAUUCUACCAGUGGAUGGACACCGAGAACUUCCAGCUGCCUGAAGAUGACCUCAGGGGAAUACAGCAAAUCUAUGGGGGUAGAUCAGGUGGUGGCCCUCGCCCUCCUCCACCUAACCCACGCUCCCCUCACCACCCACCCAAACCCACUCACACCCCAUACAACCCUGGCUUUGGUCCUGACAUCUGUGAGGGGCACUUUGACACCAUCGCCAUCCUCAGAGGAGAAAUGUUUGUGUUCAAGGAUAAGUGGUUCUGGAGAGUCCGUAACAACGCGGUUCUGGAUGGGUACCCAAUGCCAAUAGGCCAUUUCUGGAGGGGCCUGCCGUCAAACAUCAAUGCUGCUUAUGAAAGGGAUGAUGGCAAUUUUGUAUUUUUCAAAGGAGACAGGCACUGGGUUUUCAAGGAGUCUCUUCUGGAGGAUGGCUACCCCAAGCCUCUGAAGGAGAUUGGAACUGGUCUACCCAAAGACAAAAUAGACGCUGCUCUCUUCUACACCCCCACCGGCAAGACAUACUUCUUCAGAGGACACAAGUACUAUCGAUACAAUGAGGACUCACGCUCUGUGGACCCUGAAUACCCCAAACCCAUCAGUGUGUGGCAGGGCGUCCCAGACAAUAUUAAAGCUGGCAUCAUGAGCAGAGACCAAGGACACACCUACUUCUACAAAGCCAAUAAGUAUUGGAAGUUCAACAACCAGAAGCUUCGUGUUGAGCCUGGAUACCCCAAGUCUGCUCUUAAGGACUGGAUGGGCUGUCCAGAGGAGGACCCCAAGACCGACGGAGGGAGAGGGGGUGGAGGACAAGACCGGGAAGACAGAAAGGAGGAUAGAGACGAGACGGAGGUGAUCAUCAUCGAGGAGGAGGGAGGAUCUGGCGGAGGGGCGAGCGUGGUGGCGGCGGUGGUGGUUCCCCUCAUGCUGCUGGCGUGUGUGAUCCUCACUCUGGGGGCACUGCUGUUCUUCCGCAGGUACGGUACCCCACGCCGUCUCCUCUACUGUCAACGCUCACUACUGGACAAGGUGUAGAGGGGAGGAGAGGGAGAGAGAAGGAACGAGAGGAGGUUGAAGAGUUGAGAGGGACUGUAUAGGAGAGAAAAGAGCAAACAGAGGGAAAUGCAAGUGGAGAUGAGGGAGAAAAAUGAGAGAACUAAAGUCAAAGGGAUCUGUAGACUGAGCGAAGGUUAGCCAGAGCAAGAUAUAUUUGUUAGCUGUAGCUUAGAUAUUCCUUACUGGGGCCAACUUAAAUAUGGAAUAGAUUCCUUUUGCUCUUUCACUCCCACUCUA